AUGUCCCUCAGCUUAGUGAAGGACUUUCAGCUUGAUUCAGUGAAGGACUCCCAGCUUGAAUUAGUAAAGAACUCCCAGCUUGAAUCAGUGAAGGACACCCAGCUUGAAUCGAUGAAGGACUUUCAGUUUGAUUCAGUGAAGGACUCCCAGCUUGAAUCAGUGAAGGACACCCAGUUUGAAUCGGUGAAGGACUUUCAGUUUGAUUCAGUGAAGGACUCCCAGCUUGAAUCAGUGGAGGACUCCCAGCUUGAAUCAGUAAAGAACUCCCAGCUUGAACCAAUGAAGGAAUCCCAGCUUGACCCAUUGGAUAGUUUAGAUUUGAUUAGACUAGUUGUCCUCACGCCCCAAGUUGUCCUCCGCCCCAGUUGUCCUCCGCCCCCAGUUGUCCUCACGCCCCCUCAGUUGUCCUCCACGCCCCCAAGUUGUCCUCCACGCCCCCAAGUUGUCCUCACGCCCCAAGUUGUCUCCGCCCCAAUUGUCCUCACACCCUCAGUUGUCCUCCACCCCACAGUUGUCUUCCGCCCCCAAUUGUCCUCCCGCCCCAGUUGUCCUCACGCCCCCUCAGUGUCUCCGCCCCCAAGUUGUCCUCACACGCCCCCAAUUGUCCUCACGCCCCAAGUUGUCCUCCACCCCCCAAGUUGUCCUCCACCCCCAGUUGUCCUCACCCCCAGUUGUCCUCCGCCUUCCCCCAGUUGUCCUGCGCCCCCCAGUUGUCCUCCGCCCCCAAUUGUCCUCCACCCCCAAGUUGUCCUCCACGCCCCCAAGUUGUCCUCCCACCCCCAGUUGUCCUCCACGCCCCCCCAGUUGUCCUCCGCCCCUCAGUUGUCCUCCGCCCCCCCACCAAGUUGUCCUCACGCCACGCAACAAGGUCCUGGUUCAGUUCCACGGUUUCAGGCUCGGUUUACCGGUUUCACCCUCAGUUCCCCCAUCUUCCACCCUCAGUUCCCCAUCUUCCACCCUCAGUCCCCCAUCUUCCACCCCCAGUUCAUCCCCAUCUUCCACCUCGUUCCCAUCUUCCACCCUCAGUUCCCCAUCUUCCACCCCUUCCCCAUCUUCCACCCUCAGUCCCCCAUCUUCCACCCUCAGUCCCCAUCUACCCUCAGUCCCCCAUCUUCCACCCUCAUCCCCAUCUUCCACCCUCAGUUCCCCAUCUUCACCCUCAGUUUGCCCCUCUUCCACCCUCAGUCCAUCUUCCACCCUCAGUUCCCCAUCUUCCACCCUCAGUCCCCAUCUUCCACCUCAGUCCCCAUCUUCACCCUCACGCGCAGGAAGCGACCAGUGUCGGGAACCCCAUGUCGCAGGGAGCCACAGCGGCCACAGUGGAUACCGGACCCAACCACUGAUGAUAUCCGGAAAUGA